AUGAGGGAAGAGAGAGCAAAGGGGGAGGAGGUGCGUUGUGGGUCAUUCUCCCUUCCCUUGCGGGUGCGGGGCGCUGCGUGUGGUGGUGUCGCUUUGAGUGGCGUCAUGUCCCGUGCACGGUGUGGUGUGGCUGCUCCGUCGGUGGUGGGUGCGGAGUCUUCUGUGCGCGUGGACUUGGUGGGCCGUCGUCUUUUUGUUCCUUCUCUCUGCUUUCACUUUUUUCCGCUCCCCUUUUUGCAACCUCUGCUUCCCUUCCUCGCCUUCUUGUUUUUUUUUUUUUCCGUGUCAUCCUCGGAGCUUACCGACUCCUGCGACUCUGCUGCUGCUGCUACGACGGAUGGUGACGGCUACUGUGCGGCGCCGUGCUGUGUGCGCCCUGACGGUCCUCCGUCUGCGGGGCAGCGGCGGGGCGUAGUGGCGGUGCGUCGCCAGCAAGUACGUUGGUGGAGGUGUCGUGGUCGGGUAAUGACAAAGAGUUGGGUUGGCGUGUUUGUGGCUAGAGGAAACGGACAAAUUAUGCACACCGGCUUGAACCUUUUGACAUUCCCGAGGCGACUGCGGGCGACGGUGGUGACAGCAUCUGCUUCAUUGCCGAAUCGACGUACUUGGGCAGCCGUUGUGGAUCGCGCUGCGGGAGGGCCGGUGCCACGGGGGCAUGCUGCGUUCACAGCGCCUUUUGCGACGCAGGGCAGUGCGCUGCGGCGAAAGUGGCAGGGUGUUGAGAAGCCUCUUUUUCUGUUGUUUCAUUACCGUGCUGCUGUGGGUGACGUGCACCUUGGCAUUUUGGGCGUUUGCAAGUUACGGCCCAACUAUUGA